UUUUUUUUUUUUUUUUCUCUAAUAGAGAUCUAGAAUAUGUUGUGCUUAUAUAGGAGGAUGGAAUUUUAGAAUACUUCAAAGAUUCACUGUUUAAAGCACACUAUUUAAGAAAUGGACUAAGAGAAAUCUUACCAGAAAGUCAAUGCAUUGUAAUUAUGUUGUAUUAGCAACAGAAUUAAGCCAUAUAUCAUUGGGCCCUAUCAGAAUAAAUUAAAUUUGCAAUUUUAGAAGGAAAACUCUAAAAAUAAAUGAAAACCUAAUUGAGAGACCUCAUGUGUCUCAGGUCAUUAAUGCUUUAUUUGUUGCUAGUAUAUCAUCCUUGUCUGAUUAGAUAACUAAAGUUGUUGAUCUCUGUGUUCUUACUUUAUUUAUCUAUUAGGUGGAUGGGUUGCUUUAGCUUUGGGCCCUUUUGUUGAAUAUUGAAUCAUGAGGCGGGACCUUUUGUUUGGACUUUGGAGUAUUUAUUUCUUUGAUUUGAAGCAACAUAAUUGCUCAGAACUAUACAAAUUUAUUUGCUCUAUUAAGGGUUUCUAUGCAACUGAUAUAUUUACUUGUUCUUUAAUUUGUUCUUGUUGCUUUUCCUUACAAGCUGUGAGUUCCAUGUCUUCCAUGUUGGCAAGAUUCAAAGUAGUCUGUGCCUAAAACAAUCUUCAAAAGCAGAUCUAUGGACUUAGAGCAAUAUUUUUCCCAGGAAUGGAAAUCAGUUGCUAGUGCAGCAACCGGCUCAGAUGGUGGUUGCUUUGAUUGCAAUAUCUGCUUUGACUUUGCACAGGAGCCAGUAGUCACCCUUUGUGGCCAUCUGUACUGCUGGCCUUGUAUCUACAAAUGGCUCCAUGUCCAGAGUGCCUCUAUUGCUUCUGAUGAGCACCCACAAUGUCCAGUCUGCAAGGCAGAUAUAUCUCACGCUUCUAUGGUCCCCCUUUAUGGCCGUGGCCAACCACCAGCUGAAGCUGAGGUUGAGGGGAAAGCACCCUAUCGGGGCAUGGUCAUACCUCCUAGGCCAUCAGCUUGUGGUGCUCAAGCUUUGGUGUCCAGUACACCUCAAACUGGUCAGCAGCUUCCUUACCGAAAUCCUUAUCAAAAUCAUAACUACACUCCUGAUUCAUACAGCAGUUUUGAAGAGGCUUCUUCAUCACCUCUACUUAAUCUUGGAGGCACUACAGUGACUGGUUUUCACCAGCCAUUUGUUGGGAUGUUUGGUGAGAUGGUUUAUGCAAGGGUUUUUGGAAACUCAGAGAGCUUGUACACAUAUCCAAAUUCAUAUCACUUAGUGGGAAGUAGUAGCCCCAGGUUGAGAAGACAGGAGAUGCAGGCUGACAAAUCAUUGAACAGAAUCUCAAUUUUCCUCUUCUGCUGCUUUCUUUUGUGUCUUAUAGUAUUCUGAUAAUGGAUUUAGGCCAUUAGCCAUUGUGUGGUCUGUAUACUUUGUAAAAAGCAACGGAUGUAAGGUUAUGAAACAUUAUUAUAAUGAGAAAUAAUAUAUAUAUGCGAGUAUAUUAGAAAUUUAAUAUCAAAA